AUGCAAAUAUUGCCCCGAGUCCUUUCUUUUAUUGUUGGGAAAAUUGUUAUAUCCUCCUACGCUGUCUCGCUAGCUACGAUGAGGUACAUACACUCGGAAGAGUCAUUAGCAAUUCCGGACAACGUCAAGGUCCACAUCAAGUCGAGGAUAGUCACCGUUGAAGGACCUCGAGGCAAGCUCGUCAAAGAUCUAUCCCACAUUUCCGUCUGCUUCUCCCGUCCAUCGAAAUCUACCAUCAACAUCGAGCUCCACCAUGGCGCCCGAAAGAGUGUUGCUACACUACGCACAGUCAAGACCUUAAUAAAUAACCUCGUGAUUGGAGUCACCAAAGGCUUUAAAUACAAGAUGCGAUACGUCUACGCCCAUUUUCCUAUCAAUGUGAACGUGGAAAAGAAUUCCGAGACUGGCUUAUUCGAGGUUGACAUACGGAACUUUAUUGGCGAAAAGAUCGUUCGGAGAGUCACAAUGUUGACAGGUGUGACAGUAGAGAUAUCGAAGAACCAGAAGGAUGAGUUACAAUUGACGGGCAACUCAUUGGAGAAUGUAUCCCAGAGUGCGGCAGAUAUCCAACAGAUAUGCAGAGUCAGGAACAAAGAUAUCCGAAAGUUUCUUGACGGAUUAUACGUAUCCGAGAGGGGGAAUAUCGAGGAGGGUGCAUAA